CCCGAGAGAGAGCCCACCACCAGCAGACGCCCCCUCCUUCCCAUUCCCCAUCCCACACCGGCGGCGGCGGCGCGAGCAGCGGAGGAGAUCGGCAGCGACGAUGUCGGCGACGACGGCGGCGGUUCCCUUCUGGCGCGCGGCGGGGAUGACCUACAUCGGCUACUCCAACGUCUGCGCCGCCCUGGUGCGCCGGUGCCUCAAGGAGCCCCACAAGUCCGAGGCCGCCUCCCGCGAGAAGGUCCACUUCGCCAUCUCCAAGUGGGCCGACGGCAAGCAGGAGAAGCCGACUGUCCGCACAGAUGAUGAAUAAACAUUUGGUGCCAUGGUGACAUAGUUCUUCCUACAGAUGUUUCAAAAAUGUUCUUGCCUUUCUUGCGAGCCGUUGUACCUGAAACUUGCUGUUAUCUGGCUGGAUUUUGUGGUCAACGCUGAAGAAUAAAUUCUUUCUGUGACAGUGGAUCUGUUUGUCAUACAAUGUUAUUAUCGUUGCUAAUUGCCCUUGCUGUACUCGAUCAAUGAUGCGAACUCUUGGUACUCAAGUGAGCGUGAUCUACUUUAUGCAAUUCUUUUAUGGAUGAA